AUGUUCGCCUGCCUCUUUCGAAAGCCAAAGUUCGCCCCAGUCCCGCAAACGGACAAUGAGACACUCCUGCCCUCGUCAUCCUCUACCUCAUCUCUUCCGCUCGAGAAAGCCAAUGACGACCGGAAGACUGGAGACCUCCGGGUAGCCGUAAAUACAUUUGUGCUCAGCACAGCAGUCUAUAUUACCGUUGGGGUCUGGAUCGCCUUGAGCGCGAGGAGUGGAACAUUCGUGUGGGAUGCGGAUGAUUUUUGCAUCAAUCACGUUUCGCAGUACUGCACUGAUAAACACGUGGCCCCCGUCGUGAACGAAGUAAAGCCGAGUUGGCAUACCGUCCAGUUCAACGGAUCGUUCCUGCAUGAGAACAUCUAUCGGCAGUCGGCGGGACCGGAGGUGGACGCCGCGUGGGAGGCCCUGGGCACUGAUUACCGCAGCGUUGUCAUCCCAGAGAGCGAAGCUGAAAAAACAGGGCUUAGACCCGACCAAGUUCAAGUCAACCAUACGCAUGGAGGUGGAUUUCCAGCAAACGUCGAAGGACUGCACCAUUUGCAUUGCUUGAAUCUUCUCCGGAAAUCUCUCAAGUGGAAUUACGACUAUUACAAGGACCUGAAGCAGGGCGCCUUCUCGAACAGCGAGUAUAUCGUGCGGUUUCAUGUAACUCACUGCCUGGACAUCCUGCGCCAGCAGCUGAUGUGCAUCACCGACGUUGGCGUCCUUGGUCAGGUGUGGUGGCAGCCAGAGGAAGGGAACCCCAUGCCGUUUGUGGACUUUAACACGAAGCACCGCUGCCGGGACUAUGAGGCUAUUCGGAAGUGGGCGCAGGAACAUCAGCUUCCGCCUGAAUCGGAGGUGGACAUGACCACCUUUUAUCAGAUGCCAAAGCCACAAGACGUCCUUCCUGAGAUUCCGUAG